UCCUCUCCUUCUGCCGUCUCUCUCAGUCACACCGUCAGCACCAGCUCCGAUCGUCACCAUCACCAGUGGCGCACGUCUCCGCCGUCAAUUCCACUGUCGUCGUUGGAAGGUCGCACUGCCGCCUUCGCUUUUACCACAUCAGUUUCUUUCCAGAUCUCGUCGUCGCGGUCUUCAUUGAUGCCGAUUGGAGCCCAGUCGCUGCAAUGUCGCACGUCUCUGUCGAUCGUCGUCGCUCUGUGAAUUUCGUCGGGGCUCCAUUUGGGAGUGAUUUAAGAUGUCAACACGUUUCAGAAUACUCGUAGUUGACCGAUUUCCCGAUCAAAUAAUGAGCUUGGCCUACAUUGCUAAUGCGAACGAGAUUAUGAAGAAGGAACUUACCCCAAGGUAGUUAGAGAUUUUCAAAAGUAUAGUUUUUGGGCGAUUUGUAGACGUUGACAUGGUGUUUAAUGACCCAAUUAUCCAUCAUAUGUUGUUGAGAGAAGUGAAGAGCACAAGAUCUGACUCAAUCUCAUUCUCUAUUUAUGGAAAGGUCGUCAAUUUUUUCGAAGGAUGAUUUUUUGUUGAUGAUUGAUUUGUGCUGAUCCCCUACGCAAGUUGAUCAGAAUGAGCAGUCCUCAUAUGAACUUGUAAUCAAGUAUUUUGGUAAUCGAGUGACGAAGGACACCUUAUAUGUCCGUCUACUAAAAGAAAAAUACAAGGAGUUGGAGUUUGAAAUGACGAGGAUGCUAUAAAGAUCACAUCAGUCUACUAUACUGAGGUUGCAAUGAUGGGAAAUAACAAACAGAAAAUGCAGUGGACCUUAAUUGUUUUAAUGACGUUCAAAACAUAGAGUACUAUAAUAGUCUAGACUAGGACACCAUUUUUUGAGAGAGGACACUCGAUCUCUUAAAGACUACAUUGAAUGAUAAGAGUAGUCUAUACAAGAUGAAUGUGAAAGGAAAUAAAAAUUACGUCGUGAAGUACUCUUUGCGUGGAUUUCCACAAGCGUCCAGGUAUAGACGUACGAGAUCCUAGUUGCAUUGAUAGCUGGGAACAUUGUAAAGUGAAGGAGUAAGGUGGCUUUGCCUCGUAUAUUACUAUGGUCAUGCUCCCACUCAAUGUCCUUCAAAGUACUCGAGAGAGAUAUUCAAGUCUAACAAUGUACGUUUACUCUAUGCAUAAUAUGUUUAUUUGGUUGUUAAAUUUACACUAACCAGUUUACUGAGCUGUUAAUGCAGAUAAAGGUUAAAGAGGGUAUUGUCAUGACAGACGUUGAAAGGGAGUUUCGGGAUACCCCAGUGGACAGACGACCUAUAUUUGAUCUAGGUGCCAAUGAUGAUAGUGUUGAAAGUGAUAAUAAGUCAGGUAGUGGGGGUAGUCCUGAAAGCGACGGUGAUGAUCAUCGUGGAGGUAACAAUGAUGAAUGUGGAAGGGUGGAGGGAGAGGAUGAACACGAGCAUUCUAAGCACGAGGAUGCUGAAUGUAGAAGGGUGGAAGGAGGGAUAUACACAUCUAGUGAUGAUAUGUUCCAUGAUGUAGUGGGGGACAUAUGCGAUGAGGACGAGUUGAACCCAUUUGAUGUCCAUCUUGUGGACUCCCAUAGAGAGUCAUCUAUGGAUGAAGAGUGUCCUGAGUGUGCUGCCCACAGGGAGGGAACCAAUCCCAACGAUUCUAUUUAUUCAUACAUUCGAACCAUUGACAGCUCACUAUCGAGGUUGGAUGGUCGUAUAUCGAGUUUAGAUAGUCGUGUAUCCAAUAUGGAGGAAAACAUGACAAACAUGAAAGGACAAUUGUCGGUCAUCCUGUCACUGUUGCAGUCUAUGUGCAAGGGUUCCACGGUGAAUGAGGAGACGACAAGGUUAUCGAUCCCAUCUUAGGAUCCUAAUACCACUGAUGCGACUGCCUCUAAUACUCCCAUCUCCCUGUAGAGCCUCAAAAUACAACCACUUCACCUACUCCCAUUCACCCUCUAGAGCCUGAUACCACCACAACAUCACCCACUGACGUCAAACCUAUAGAGGCCGACGUCCCACGAACAGAGGCCAACAUGUCUGACUUACCAUGCCAUAUACAGAGGCUGACAUGUCUGACAUCCCAGAGGCCGACACUUCUUGUAUUGUUACAACCAUAGAAGGAAUUACACUGGUGAGUAAUUUAUUGAUCAAUAAUCUUUGUUUAUAUUUUUAUAUUUCUUGAUGAGUAAUUUUUUGUUAUCUGUUUAUGUAGGAAUCUCGAAGAACUACUCGUAAGAGAAAAGUUAUUGAUAAAUAUACAUCUCCAGCUAAAGUAAAGAAGAAAAGUGUGGUUAAGUAUCCUCUCCCAAGUGCAGAGCGAUUAUCGCUUACAACGUAGCACAUGAUGUUCUACUUAAUAUCUUUACAGAAAUGAUGGGUUGGAUCUCAGAUGAGAAUACCGAUAAUGAGGUUCAAGAGAAUUCGUUUAAACCACUUGCCAAUCAAUUUUUCAAGGAAUUGAUUGAACUCAGUUCGUGGGUCGAGUGCGAUAGUCACCUUAAUGCUCAUGGUGGGAUAUUUAAACGAAUAAAGAAUAAGACGAGAUUGAAGGCUGCCCUAGCAUGGGAUGAUGAAGACACGUACAAGGACUACGUCACAGCUAAAUUCGAUGUCAAAUGGGCAUAUGUGGAUUUCGUGUAUACAAAAAUGAAUACUAUUAAGCACUGAAUGGUCCUUGCAAUGGACAUUAACAGAGGCCAUAUAUUCAUGUUCGAUUGACUUCCGUCAUACACAUCAAUGACAAAGCUGGUGGAAUUGGUUGGAGCCAUUGACUGUCACAAUACCAUCCCUACUUCACUACUGUGACGUGAUCAUAACUUACAUUUCCAAACCUCAUUCUAAUUUUUUCGUCCUAAUUCGAUUUCAGCGUUACAGAUAACUGAAGUCUACUAAGCUUUUUCGGAAAAGAAGGAAGCGAACAUCAUCAUCAUUUCUAAUGUAUUGUGGAGGGACUUCAUAUUCAAACUUAUAUUUAAC